UCUUUAUUUUCCUCCUUGCUUCCUUUCACCUCGCUGUCUGACCGUACUCUUUGCCCCCUUCACUAUUCCUCUCCCGCUUCAUUCCCCCCUUCCCACGGACUGCUUUGUUUUCAUUGCAUCGUCUCCCCCCGGGGCCGCCCCCACCACCCCCCAACACUCGCUCUGGAAUUCGCCCUGGAAUAUUUCUACCUUCCCACCAUACUUUUGGCUGCGUUGUUUGGGUACUUCUCUAAGGUGACGAUUUUGCACCAGUAAUGGAGAUGUUUAGCAGGACGAUUGAAUCGCUGCAUGUAAAAAAAUAUUGACUUGAGUUACGAAGAAGUAGCAGCUAUGGCAACAGCCGAUCUGUUGGUGGAUUUACAGGAUGAUCUGGUGUCCGAUGAUGCUUCCAAUGCACUUGGACAGCUCAAACUUUCUCCGAUGGAUGAUAAGUCCUGGCCAUUGGAAAAUGAGGAUGAUGAAGAUUUAAAGUCAGAUAAAGUGUGCACACCCGAGGAUGUAGAACCUCCUCCAAAUUUGAAGUGGGAUGAUCCAUUUUAUGAUAUUGCAAGACGUCAAAUUGUGGAGGUAGCAGGAGAUGAUAACUAUGGUAGGAAGGUGAUUGUGUUCAAUGCUUGUCGGAUGCCUCCCAUUCACCAGUUGGAUCACACAAAACUGCUUCAAUACCUGAAGCACACACUUGAUAAGUAUGUUGAGAGUGACUACUCAGUUGUGUACUUUCAUUAUGGACUCACCAGUCAGAACAAACCUUCAUUCGCCUGGUUGCUGGAAGCCUACAGGGAGUUUGACAGGAAGUACAAGAAGAACAUAAAAGCUCUUUACAUUGUCCACCCCACCAGGUUCAUCAAGGCACUCCUUGUUGUCUUCAAACCCAUAAUCAGCAUGAAGUUUGGCAGGAAAAUCUUGUACAUGAAUCACUUGGGCGAACUUGAACAGUUCUUGAAAUGUGAUCGAAUGGUGAUCCCAGCAUGUGUGAAGAAAUUUGAUGAGACGAUCCGUGCAGCGCAGAAGCCUGCCCCGUCAGUGCAAAAAAAGCAGCUGCCUCACCAACAGUUUGGUGUUGAUCUUUCAAGGCUCAGAGCAAAUGAUCCUGAAAAGAGGGCUAUUCCAUUGGUCGUGGAGGAGACAGUCAAUUAUAUCAAAAAGCAUGGUCUAAACAAAGAAGGAAUAUUCCGCAGAUCGGCUAACAUAUCCUUGGUGAGAGAAGUACUGGAUAAAUACAACAAUGGUAUUCCUGUGGAUUUUACAGUCUACGGUGAUGUGCACUUGGUGGCCGUUAUACUGAAGACCUUUCUUCGUGAAUUACCUGAACCUCUACUGACUUAUGACUUGUAUGACCAAGUGGUUUCAUUUGGGAAAGUGCCAGUAAUGAAUCAAGCAGAAACUGUGGCAAUGAUGAUUCGGACUCUGCCUGAGGUUAACUGUGUGGUGCUGCAAUACUUGCUGGGCCUCCUGCGAUUGGUUGCUGACAACAGUGAACAGAAUAAAAUGACGCCAUCCAACCUGGCUCUGGUUUUUGGGCCAACACUCAUGUGGGCAAAGGAUGCUGCAAUGUCACUUAGUGCCAUCAACCCUAUUAAUUACUUUACUCAGUCACUUUUGGAAAAUUACAGUCGGAUAUUUUCAGCCAGUUCUGACGAAACUGUAAUGUCCUAAACCACAAUGAAAUCAGGUUUUCUCCUUUUCAUAUGUUUUUGACAAUGUACCUGUGUGCUGCACCACGCAGCAGAAAAAUUAAAGUCAGGGUUGGGGAUUGUGUGUCUUUAAUACUGCGUGUAGUGGAAUGUGUGUGCAGUAUAAAUCUCCAGAAACCUGGGGCUGGAUUCCCAGCUGUAUUCAUUCAGUUACAUACCUGAGAAUCGGUGUGUUGGGAAUGUAGCUGGAGUGACUGAUAUUUUUUCUUUCCAUCAUACCUCUGCCUGAGUUGUUAAACAUUUUUAUGUUUCUCUUUCCACCUCCUCUGUACUUUCUAAGCUUUAUAACAAAUUUUACAAUAUAUUGGGAAGUUUUUAAGUAAUUUCUAUUAUCGUAAUAUUUCAGUACUGACUACAUUGAGACAAAUUGAUCUGUGGGUAAUGUUCAUUCUGCACCAGUCCUUUGAAUUUUUAUGUUGUGCAAUGUUACUGUGUCACUUCAAUACUCUUGAUUUCUUUGUGUGAGCAAAAUAAUGUUUUCUGUAACUAUUUUAUUUUGGUGAGUGCCAUUUUGCUAUCUGAAGUGUCGGGGGUUGAAACAUUUUUGUAGCUUUUGCACACAUUUUGCCAGUCCACUCAAGGAGAGGACAAUCUUUUCCUGUAAUACAUUGCAGGUGUAACUUUGACUCAUCCAGAUAUGGGUCAGAAGAAAAUGUCGUCAAAAGAGUUUAUUGACCAGUACUGGGAUGUUGAUUUAACUUUGCGAUGUUUUAACUUCGGUGAUUUGCUCAAUCCAAAGAGAGAGCAUGCUUGUUGUCAUUCCAUCACAAUGGGAACUGACUUGGCCAGAGCGGAUGAGAUGAACUAUAGAGAGUUCAUGUUGUCAAAGUGCUUUCAUCCUCUUGGGACAUGUCUGAGUGUCAUUUGCUUUUGUCUGUGGUGUUAACUCUGCUCCAUCUACUGUCAGAUCUUUUUUUAAAAAAAUAAAUGGCUUGAAAUUUUCCUAAACUGGGACCCCAUUACAGUCGGCCCUCCUUAUCCACGAGUUCCGCAUGCGUGAAUUCAACCAACCGCGAAUCGAGAAAACCCGGAAGUGCUCUUCCAGCAUUUGUUGUUUGAACAUGUACAGACUUUUUUUUCUUGUCAUAUUUUCCUAAACAAUGCAGUAUAACAACUAUAUUACAUAGCAUUUACAUUGUAUUAGGUAUUAUAAGUAAUCGAGAGAUGAUUUAAAGUAUACGGGAGGAUGUGCGUAGGUUAUCGUGGAUCGGGAUCGAAAAAAAUGUAAGUUCUCUUAUAAGUAAGUUGGAACAGGUACAUCCAGUACUAUUUACCGUUAGUUAGUCAAAUGUUUGUCUUAGUAUAUAGUAUAUAUUUUACCUUUCUAUUCAUAUAAAACACUUAAGAAAUGUACAUUUCAGCGCCGGGCUUGGGAACGGAAAUUCCUGAGUUUGAUCCAGUGACAGACCGCUCACGAGCACGCUCUCCAUCCGUGCGGGGUUGAUGUGGAGGAUCAAAAACCCAAAACCUCAAAACCUAAUAAUUAAACCACUGCGUUGCUUAGUAAUAAUUGUAGCUUUCAUCGGAGCAGGGCUUUUCUCCACUUUAUCCUUAAAAAUUUUUCUGGUCGUUGACCGACUGUAGCCUAACGCUUUUCCAAUGACCAAUGGCGUUUCACCUCUUUCCAUUCGCUUUAUUAUUUCAACUUUAUUUUAAGUCGUGAUUAUUUUCGUGAACAGAAACACUGUGGAUUCAGAGCUCCGCCGCUGGGUCCUAAUGUCCACCACACUGAGACAGGUUAAAUAAGGUCCGGGGUUCCUCUGUGUCCUAAGGUCCACCGCAUUGAGACAGGUUGAAUAAGGGACUUGAGCAUCCGCGUAUUUUGGUGUCCGCGAGGGGUCCCGGAACCAAUCCCUCGUGGAUAAGGAGGACCGGCUGUAUUUCCAUUUGAUUGGCAUCCCACAGUAAAUUUAUAUAAUUUGCUCUAAAAUAAAGUUUAGAAUCUAUAUGUGCUUUUCUAUCAUCUGAUGCUAAGUGGCUAUUUACAUUCAGUGGCCACUUUCUUAGAUACCGGAGUGGAACCUGGUGUAGUUUUCUGCUGCUGUAGCCCAUCCACAUUAAGGUUCGACAAAUUGUGUCUUCAGAGAUUCUCUCCUGCACACCACUCUUGUAACACAUCGUUAUUUGAGUUGCUGUCACUUUCAGCUUGAACAAGUCUGGCUAUUCUCUUCUGACCUCUCAUUAACAAGUUGUCUUGGCCCACAGAUUUGCUGUUCAUAGAAAACCUACAGCACAAUACAGGCCCUUCAGCCCCCAAAGCUGUGCCGAACAUGCCCUUACCUUAGAAAUUACCUAGGGUUAACCAUAGUCCGCUAUUUUUCUAAGCUCUAUGUACCUGUUGAAGAGUCUCUUAAAAGACCCUAUGUAUCCGCCUCCUUCACUGGAUGUUAUUUUGUUUUUCACACCAUUCUCUGUAAACUUUAGAGACUGUUGUGCAUGAAAAUCGCUGGAGAGCAGUAGUUUCUGAGAUAUUCAGACCACCCCAUCUGGCACCAUUGCACAGUCAAAGUCACUUUGAUCAUAUUUCUUCCUCAUCCUGAUGCUUGCUCUGAACAACGGCUGAACCUCUUGACCAUGUUUACUUGCCUUUAUGCAUUGAAUUUCUGCCACAUGAUUGAUUAGAUAUUUGCAUUAACAAACAGGUGUUUAAUAAAGUGGCCACUGUGUGUAUGUUCUCAUGGUUUGUAGGAUGUAACACUGUACUUCCUCAAGGAUACAGUACUAUAGAAGUGAAAAUACCUAGGAAUACAUGUUCUCACAAUAAUGUCUUUGGUGUUUUUGUUGAAAAAGAAAUGAACCAUAAUUGCCUUUAAUGGUUCAUUGAUAGUGAGUUUAUCUUUUUUAAAUAUUGUGUACUUUGUUGCCAUUUAUUUCUGGUCCAGUUAGUAAAUUGUGUUCCUUAAUUCAAAUUCUUCCAAGGUAUUCAACUCAGCAUUUCUCAAAUAUAAUGUGUAUUGGCUGCUGUUGAAGCUUUAACUUAGUAACAAUUGGUCUCUUUAUGCAAUAUAGCAUAUCAGUUUUUGUAGAGGAAGUCACAUCUUUUUGUUUAUAUCUUUGUAAACCAUGAAGGGGAGAGAAGAGUGUCAUGUCAUAGCUUGGUGCAUUGUGAUCCUCAAGCAGACGAUAAAUAGACUAGACAAAUUUCAGAUUCUUGCACUUAGAAAAGAAUUAUUACAGCUAAUAGUCUUUAUUGCCUUAAUACACUCAAUGUCAUGUCACUAUAAUUUUUUUGAGUGGGCUUGGCAGAAGAAAUUUUAUCUUUUGUGGACUUUGUAUUAAUGUAUCAGUAACAGUGAGAUCUAGUGGCCUCUGUCCAGUUCCCUGUGACUUUUCCUGAGAAGUGUCGUCUUUGAUCAAUGCCUAGACACCUGGCAUGUGAACUUUUUCAUUGCUGGUUUGGAGAAUGAAUUGUGGCUGACUUUUGUAAUGAGUUGAUAUCACAGUCCUAAAUAUCUAAGCAUGUUUUUACCAGCAAAGGUUGAUGAGUAGUACUUAAAAGUGGGAAACUCAUAGCUUUCCCUCAGUCAGUUAUAAAGUGUAGAUAAAAUACUUAGUUGUAAGGCAAUCUAGGAGAUUUUUAAAAUAUUUUAUGUAGUUGCUAUUUCCUCACUAAUCCAUUCUGAUAGUUUUUAAAUGAACCACUUUGUGUAAUCAAACCCUCUUUAGGAAACAUUCUUCUGAGUGUAUACAUCCUGAGGCCUCCAAUGAUAGGGUUUUAAGUUCUACAUCAUCUUCAAAUGUUACCAUUUUUCACACAUUCUAUAAUCAGUUACUCCAUGAGGGAACUAUUAAAAGGAAAUUGAGUAUUUAUCAGCCACACUACAUUAGCUGAUAAAUUGGAAAUGAAGCAAGAAAUAAAUUUACAAGGAAACUAGAGAAAACAGAAACCAACUGCAUCAUGAUUGACAGGUGAAUUUGAUAAUUAUCAAAUCAUCUUCAUUCUAUUAUUGUACUGUGUGCAGUCAAGGUAAAAGAAGUUGCCCUCCAAUAUUUUAGUAGAAGUGAUCUUUAUUUUUGUUUUGUGUGAUUAUUGAGUUUGUGGAAUAAGGUACCACUAUUGCAGAAGCUUGCAUUAUUCUCAGAGCAGGGGGUUAGUAGUGGUCUCAAGUUUUUUCACAAUUAGAAAAGUGCUUGAUUGUUGCUGGUUAUUUAAUUACCCUCAAAAAGUUAUAUCACUUUGACCUGACUCAGUCAUAUCAAUUGCCAGUCAAUAGAGACUUCUUGUUUGAACCUUUGCCAUGUAUAAGACAAUCUUCUUUCAAACCAAUCCUAACAAUCAAUAUUCCAAUAAUGCAAAGGGAUACACAGGAAAUGGUUGGAAAAUGCCAUUGUGUUUUUUGUUUUAUGUCCUUGCCACCUUUCUGGGAAAAGAAAGCACUUCCAGUGCCAGUUAGCCCUUUGACAUAAAUUGCUUAAUAUUUCCUGAUGCCAUUCUCUACCUUGAUAAAACAGUAACUUGAUCAAGCUGAAGCCUGUAUUUUGGUUCAUUCUGCUCUGGAACAUGUUCAAAGUAAAUUUAUUAUCGAAGUAUGUCACCAUUUACACCUCUGAGAUUCAUUUUCUUACAAGAGUUCACAGUACAUACAAGAAACAUAAUAGUCAAUAGAUGUCUGCACCCAACAGGAUGAUAAACAACCAAUGUGCAAAAGACAUCAAACUGCAAAUAUUUUUAAAAAAGAAAAAUAAUAAUAAAUAAGCAAUAAAUAUUGACAACAAGUCCUUGAAAGUGAGUCCAUAUAUUGUGAGAACAGUUCAGUGAUGGGAUGAAUGAAACUGAAUUGAAGUUAUUCCUGAUGGUUCAGGGGUAAUAACUGUUCCUGAACCUGGUGGUGUGGAUCCUUGGGCUCCUGUACCUCCUUCCUAAUAGCAGUAAUGAGAAGAGAGCAUGUCUUGGAUGGAUACUGCUUUCCUGUGACAAUGCUCCAUGUGGAUGUGGUCAAUCUUUAAUUUUAUUACUACUUUCAAACACCAUUUUACUGCAAUUCUGUCUUUUCCCUUUUAAGAUGUAGUUGCAUCUUCAGACAUGAUAAAUUUUGUUGUGUAUUUCAUUGAGGGAUGGAUUAAUAAGAUCUUGCUGCAGGAAUAGAUCAUUAACUAUUCCCACAUUCUGUGAAAAAAGGUAUUUUGAUGAUGAAUCCUGCUUCCAUACAUAAUAUUUUGUUUUGUACUGCUUUUACAUGAGUGAGAAAUAUUUUAUUGUUCCUGUGCACCUCCUCUUCUGCCACCAAUGCUAGAAUCUAGUCAUUGCUUAUAGUUGAUGGUGGAUGUUAAUACGACAUUUUAGAAAUUAAUGAAAAAUUUAAAAGCCAAGUUCAUUUUGUACAUAACCAAAUCUGAUAAAAUAUCUACUUUUAUCAAUGUGGUUUAAAUAAUGGUCACACACUUCUUGGAGCUAUUUAAAUUUGUAGCCUGUUUUAUUUUCAGUGAUUUCUGGGUAUUACCCCCUUUGUCCCUUUAUGUGGCAGGAUCUCAUCAAAUGAGAAUGUGCUAGUUGUGAUCAGGUAUGGGUAUAAUUGUCUCAAAGACUGUAUUUGGGAUUUAAUGCACAGCAAUGACCAUCACAAGCAAACUAGAUAAAGCAUGCCUGUUGCUAGUUGCUAAAAAAAAAAUACUUCAGAUAGCUACUUGAGACAUUGAAGUAGUUUUCAUAAUCCUUGGUUGUGGAACAUUCUGAUUUAACUUUUUGAUUUGUUUUAUCAUAGCCCUUGGUGAGGAUCUCUUGGGUUGAUUGCCCAAGUGCCAACUCUGAACAGUGGCUGUGUUUCAUUUUUCCAUUGAUCUUGCUGUAAUAUGAAAACUCUAUGAGGUGUAGUGGGUUUCUGUCAUCUAAUCUUAGACUUUGGGACCGAGUUUUCUCUCUGUACCUAGGAGAAAGCAGAUACAGUGGUAAGUACUUGGGUACGGUACUUUAAUGCAGUCUUGUCCUGCAUCUGUAAUUUCUGAUUGACAAUAGCUGUCUUUUUCUAUUUUUUUUGAUUGUCCAAUUCCUGAGAUUCCUGAGUAACAUUGAUCAAAAUAGAAGAUCAUUGAUGGUGUGGAAUAGGUUUUCCUAUUUUGGUUUGUUUGUGUAGAUGAUCAAGGUUUUACAAAUACUAACCAAAGUUGCCAAUUGCGCCAAUGGUAUUCUUAAGAUAUCAUCUGGUAUCCUGUGGAAUGAUAUUUUGCCUUGCUCCUGUUCAUUUUCUACUUGAGCAGAUUUAAUCUGUUCUACAAACUCUAUCCUGUUUUUAGAUGUGCAGAAGCUGUGUCUGCUUGACUCCCUAGUGUCAGAGGUAUGGUUGUUACCUCAUUGUGAGGGGUAAGUUUGCACUGUGAAAAUUGGCUGCUGUGUUUUCUGUGUUGGAGGUAGCUAUCUGAUGUUUUGGGAAAACACUAAGUAAAAGCAGCUAGGAUCUUAAGUGACCUUAGUAUAACUGGUGUUAUGCAUUUGGAACUAGAACCCGAAGGAGAAAUAUGGAUGAUUCUUGAGCAAGAAAGCCAUUCCUCAUUUUUUUUUCACAGCCUAGUGUGGUGGUUACUCCUUCGGUUCCUAUUGGGCCUCUUUGAGCAACAUGAUUCUUUUAUAAAUUGAAAGUAGUUACCUGUGGCCAUUUGAAGAAACCUUUUCCAGGCAUAAACACCUAAUCCAUCUUCCUGCUGGCUGGUAGUUUCUAUAUAUCUUUUUAAAAAUUGAAUUUGUAUGUUAAUGUUUUUAAUGAAGUAUUUCUGGUGGGGGGGGGAGGUCCUGUAUCUUGAUAAAUAUAAGUCAAAGCACAAGUGUUUAUAAGUCCAAUUUUUUCACAAAGGUCAAGUGGCCCUCUAGUACCACUACUUUAAGCACUGUACAUCUUGCCUGAAUAAAUUGCCAUACUAGUGGUAUUAUGUUUCCAUUAGAGUAUAUAAGUUAGUAUUAAUCAAUAUGACUAAGUUAAUGGCUUAAAACAGAAAAAUGAGCACUGUUGACAUUUCCUUUUUCCAUUCACAUGGUACAUUGUGUCAUUGGUGCCCUGAGAAAAUUAACAUUCAUUAUCCCUGCCCCACUCUGUGGAUAAAAGCAAAGCAACAACCUUGUUUACCAGCAUAAUGUAAAGAUCCUGUUAGUAAAGUUGUUAUAGUUAAGUUUAGUACAUGGUUAAUCCUUUAUUGAAAUAUGUUCAUAGUGAUUACUGAUAUUUACUAUUAACUUCACUGCUUUGUGUUUGUGUAAUCUGGAUAUCUGUACAGCUGUCUUUUUUUAGGAUAGGUGGGAAGAGACACUGAUGAGAGACCUCAAUCAUAUGUAGUUUGUUUAUAAUGUAAGGGUCAAGCUGACUUUCAAAUAAAAUUGCAAACUAUCAA